AUGACGUCUCUACAUCCUGCCUUACGGGCUGUAAUUGCUGUGGUUGCAGCGCCACUGAGUCUGUAUUGCGUCUUCAUCGGUUUGGGUAUGACGCCUUUCUUUCAGAGACAUUUCUUGUACGCUCAUAAAAUCAACACAUUAUUAUGGAGUAAUGUGAAUCAACCAGAACGAUGGGGUUUCGCUCGAAACCAGGUAACUCCUUUCUCGCUCAAAACUCCCGACGGAGAAACUAUAUAUGCCUGGCAUAUUCUUCCCCUGCCGCUUUAUCUCAAGAAUGAAGCCAUAAUCGAAUCACAAGAGCCAGGGUUUUCAGCUGAUUUCACCAAAACUGAAUCAUUCCGCCUACUAAAAGAAGAUCCAGAAUCUAGACUUGUUCUGUAUUUUCACGGUAACGCUGGCCAUGUCGCACAAGCUAUCAGACCUCUCAGCUACCACUCGUUAACUGACACCUCCUCAUACCAUGUCGUCGCUAUUGACUACAGAGGAUUCGGUCACUCGACAGGCUCGCCUACUGAAACUGGAGUAAUUCAAGAUGCUGCCACACUUGUGGAGUGGGCUACCAAGGUUGCUGGCGUUCCAGCCAGCCGCAUUGUUCUCCUUGGACAAAGUCUAGGCACAGCCGUGGUCAGUGCAGUCGCCGAAAAGUACGCUCUACAGGGUGUUGAGUUUGCCGGCAUCACCAUUGUCGCAGGUUUCAGCGACUUGGCCAAUCUGCUGUUGGGCUAUCGUAUUGGAGGCGUUGUCCCUGUACUCGCGCCCUUUCAAAUGUGGCCUACGCUCAUACGUUUCAUUCAUCGAUUCGUCGUCGACAAGUGGCAUUCAGAUCACCGUUUGGCUAAUGUUGUGCGUCACACAAAAACAAGGCUCAGGCUCAAUUUGGUCCACGCCAAGAACGACAAAGACAUUCCAUGGACAGAAGACAAUAAGCUCUUUCGAGCGGCUGUCCAAGAGAUGGUUGGGGUAAUGGACGAUGAAGAAUUCGCAGCCUGGAAAGAAGAGCGAACUGUCCAUAAGGGAAAGGAUGCAUUUGUGGCGACUUGGACAGCUCAACCCGACAUGAUCAUACGUCAAGAACUUUUUCCCUAUGGCGGUGCGUCUAAUGCAUCUACGCGAAUCGAAGAAGUACAAAAUAACUAA